UAUGGACUGACUCUGAUCAUUACAUCAUUGUAAUGCGACGAACAGUAAAAGGACCGAUACGAAUGUGUUGUGCACGCUGUAGAUUUGAAGCUUAGUUAAACGUUAUUUGUCUCUAUCGUACGAAAAUAAAAUUAGUAUUUACCAAAUAUAAACAUUAUUGUAACAGCGUACAUUUGGAUCAGCAUAUCACGUAAACAGCACCGAAGAUGUCGGUAACCGAGAUGUUUAGCUACAUCCAAGGCUUUUUGAAUGCCGACCAAGAUGUCCGAGAGGACAUAAGAAAAGUUGUCCAAGUUCUUGAGCAGACAGCAAGAGAGAUUCUGACUGUUCUUCAAAGUGUUCAUCAGCCAAGUGGCUUCAAAGACAUUCCCAGCAAGUGUCAGAGAGCCAGAGAGUUGUUCUGCACGAUUAGAACUCACAUUGGACAGCUAAAAAACAAGUUUCCUGUGGAACAGUACUAUCGGUAUCAUGAACACUGGAGAUUUGUUCUUCAGCGGCUAGCCUUCCUUUCAGCUUUUGUUGUGUACCUGGAAACAGAGUCUUUGGUGACACGUGAAGAAGUGGCACAAAUACUUGCCAUUGAAGUUGACAGAGAAAAAGGAUUUCAUCUGGAUAUGGAAGACUAUCUAGCAGGAGUUCUUAUUUUGGCCAGCGAGCUUUCCAGGCUGGCGGUGAACAGCGUGACCGCAGGGGACUACGGACGCCCGCUUCGUAUCUCAAAUUUCAUCAACGAACUGGACUCUGGCUUUCGCUUACUCAACUUAAAAAACGACCCUCUGCGCAAGCGCUACGAUGGCCUUAAGUACGAUGUCAAAAAGAUCGAGGAGGUGGUGUAUGACCUUUCCAUCCGAGGCCUUGCCAAGGAGCAGGAGACCGGAGGAGACAAGUAAAGACGGUUGGGGAAUAAAACAGGCGGCGGGGCACCACCCAGGCUGGGAUUCUCCAUGACUGGCGGAGUGGUUAAACCUGUCAGCGGACAGGGGAAGAGGGGAAGGAAUGAAGCCCCAGCAGCCUUGGGCAAGGCUUUUGACUUGUCCACCGUGAUGAAGAGUUGUUCAGGUUUCAGUAGGGAGAUGUUCAGCUCACUACUACUGUUGAGAGAUGCUUGUGUAUAGACGCAUUUUGUUUGGUUGUGUUUUUUAAUGUUCUUAAUGUUUGGGUCAUCACAUUUGUGGAUCAUUGUACAGUCAAACAAAAGGUUGGAGAAAGUUUUUAGGGGGAGGUGAAAUAUAAAAGAAUCACUUGAAUAUUGGACAAAUUAAGUUUUGCAUCUGUUGUAUUGCUUUCUUGUCAAAAUCUACAUCCAAGAGACCUCUAUAAAACAUUGCACUUUUGUUGAAUUGGUACUAUGACUGAAACAUAAGGUAAUGGUAUUUUGUACAUGCCUACACAUGAAUAUAAAAAUAAUAAAUGUGCCAAAAUAUUUUGUUUUGUAUAAUACAAGGUAUCUUGGUAUUUAAAAUGUCAUAAAAUGCUUUACUGUAUCAUUUAUUUCAUAAAACACGAGAUCUUUGCCUUUUCUGAUUUAACAAAGAUGCAAAGUAUGUUUUGUUUUGGGAUUUACAUUUGCAUACAGUACUUCCACAUUAGUACAUAUCAUAAAAGGGAUUUCUAGUCGUACAUAUUUGACCACUCAUCUUUCGACUGUCAGUUCAUGGGCACGUCAGUUUGUUGUUAAAAAUAUAAAUCUUCUCAAGCAAAGGAUUCAUAAACUAUCAUUAGUUUUUUCCUUUUCUUUUUUUCCUUUCUAAAUUCUUUCUAAUCUAAUUUUUGUGGAUUUUCUUUUUUGACUUCCUAUAAGGAUAUUUUAAUUUAUUGUUCAUAUUUAGUUUUAUGUGGGUUCAUUUGUUUAUUUCCUCUGGUUUUGUUUUUGCAUUUGUUGACCAGAUUUAUUUGGAAAUUAUAUCUAUUCCUAGUAAUCAUCAGUGAUAAUGUUUCGUGUUUCGUUUCUUUAAAAAAAAUCAUACAUUUACUAUGUACGUUUGCCUGUGUUGUAGUUCAACAAUUGCUCUUCAUUUUAAAUACAUUUUGUUGUACAGUAACAGUUAUGUAAUAAAGAUUCUCGUUGGCA